AUAACCCACGAGAGAUCUUCACUGGCGUCACUGCGUCAUGAUCCAGUGGUCUCAGAGUUUGGCUUCAUCAAUGAUGAAAAGGAUUUGGAAUCAGUUGAUGAAUUAGUUACACUGAGGUCUCAAUUUAAUGAAAUGGAAAAGAAGAACAAAGAACUAUCUGAUACAUUGGAUGGAGCAAAGAUCAAGUACCGUGCAUCACUUUCUGCUUCUAGUUUUAAUGAUACAGCUGCAAGCAGAUUGAGAAAAGGAAUGGCUCUUGAAAUUAAUGACUUGAAGUUUCAUCUUAAAGCAAUAAAUAGUCCAAACUAUCAACCAUUAGUGGAGGAUAUAACCAUAAAGGAAUUACAACAAGAAAUUACAUUACUCUAUACAAAAUUGGUUACAGAAAGACAACACAAGGAGCAGAUACUAAAAGAGAUAUAUGAAACAAGUAUGAAAAUUGAACAACCCUCUCAGGAAGUGACACUGAAAUCAGAAGGUAAAAGCAAUAAAAGAUUACUAUCAGAAGAAGAUAUGCAAAAAAAUUAUGGUAAUGAGUAA